CAACCUUUGGCCCGUAAAAUGUUGUUUAUGUUCUGCUAUCAAAUUAUGACCAAGAAACGUAUAUAUUGAGUUCAUUAUUAUAUUACUUAACAUUACUUUCAACUUUCUUAAAAAUUACUUCAUAACAACAUAACCUAAAAACUAUUCUAGAUGGCUGAAAACAUGGGCAAUAGUUCGAGUAUGUGGAUGAAAACUUUCGAGGAAAUUAAAGAUAAACAUGACUUGGCCUUUGUUGCGAUAGAUGAGGCUAUACGUCUGGAAGAAAAUGAGAAACCUAAUGAGGCCAUAGAAAAGUACAAACAGGGCAUUGAGCUAAUAGAUCUGGCUUUAAACAUCCAAGUAACAUGCCCUGAAACUCCAGACAUAACAUGGGAGAAGGCCUGUGUUAUGAUACAAAAAAUCAAGAAAACUCGGGCCGAAGUUUUGAUGAGAAUCAACAGCAUUCAGUCAGUGCCUGGUUUUAUUCAAACUCUUACUGAUACAGAUCCACCUUCAUAUGAUGAGGCCAUGUCCUCUUUGUCUUCAGACAGCAGUGAUGUGCCAAGAACUUACAGAGAUUUAGCAACAGCAUUAAACGAAUUAAGUAUUGAUCCAAAUCUGAGAUUGGAAGAGGAGGUUAUUUAUUUGCAUGAUGGUGUGAGAAUUUACUUUAUUAAUUCUAAUGGGGAGGUUACAUCUACUGAAGAUCCUCAAACAUUAAAAAUUUCAUUGGUUGAGGCUGAAGGGCCAAAUGCACCAAAGGCAAUUUUGCAAGUUGGUAAUUGGGUUUAUCCUUUAGUUCCUGGGGUUUCACCCUGUUUUAGGACUGAUUAUGGGGCUUUUAUUUUGCCAAACUUAGAGGAACCAGGCUCUUCAAUUGGUAUUAUUUUACCUGAGGAUGCAGAUUCUGACGUUUUUGAUUUAUUGGAAAAUAUUCUCCAUGGUAUAAUAGGCUUUGAAAAAGAACCUCUUACACACCAUAGACCAAGGCAAAGAAGGGAACUUCCAACAGACACAAGUUCAAAAAUAUCAACUUCCAUACAAAAUGGAGCAUGGUAUCUUUCACAGGGUUUAAUUAAAGGAGCCGAAAAAGCUGGAGAUUUAAUUAAUUAUGGUACACCAAAAUUAAUAAAUACAUUGCAACCAGCUACACAACCAACUCAUAUUAAUCCAAAAUUACAAAAAGGGAUCCACAUGGCUGAAACUGCUACUAGCAAAGCUGUUGUGGUUACUGGAUUCGUUGCUGACAAAGUUGGUUUUGUCACGAUGAAGCUGGGAAAAUUUUUGGCACCGCACAUCCAAAAAGGCGGAACCAAAUUAUUGACAUCCAGUUUUAAUAUUAGCGAGCAGGAAGCUUCCGAUAAGAUGAAAGGCGUUUUAACGGUGACUGCAGGAGCUGUUGAAGGGUUUUCCACCGUUUACAGAGGUCUGGAAACGUCUGCAUCCAUAUUGGGUAACAAUCUUAAGGCCAACACCGUGAAAGUUGUCAACCACAAAUAUGGAAAAAAUGUAGGAUGUCUGACAGAUGAUACUUUAAACACAGUAGGAAAUGUUUAUAGUAUAAGUCAACAUUCAAAAAUUAUAACACCCAAGGGUUUGGCAAAAAGAACUGGAAAAGAUAUGGGUAAGGCAGUUAUUAGAGCUUAUAAUCAUACUGUCAACCAUAGUGAGCCCAACAUGACACCAGGUACUUCUGGAAUUCAAAGUGUUCCUAUAACAAAUCAUCCAGAACCAGUGACAUAUCCAAAUCUUCUAAAUACUCAACAUGUUGAUCCCACUAGGCCUUUAUUGCCCAGUGGUGGCAGUAUAAGCCCCACUGAUGAAAAAAGGAAUUUCCAAAAUUUUUAAUACUUACCUACUUAAAUUUUACAAAAAAUAUUAUUGUUGUUUAAGAUAUUUAAAAUAUUUACUCAGUUUUGGGAUUAUUGUGAUAAAAGUAGUUUUUACUUAAACGUUUAUAUAUAUUUUAUAAUUGUAAUAUUCCUUAUUGUUAUCAUUUUGUUAAACAAUGUUACGUUUAUUUAUUAUUUUUUAGAUAUUUUACUAUCAAAACAAGAACAAAUGCUUAUAAAAACAGAAUUGGAAAAUGCCGGGUUAUUUCUUAGAUAUCAUCUUAUUUAUAGCAAAAGGUAAUUGUUUUAAUAUUUAGUUUAUUUUUAUUGUCUGUAUUAUUAUUUUUCUGCUUUAAUAAAACCUGUGUUUGUAUAAA